AUGAUGGGGAACCUCCGGGCAGGUGGAUGUUUUAUCUUGAUUAACUUUCUGAGGUAUUACCCAGGAUUCAUAUUCGCCAAUGAUGCUAUUGACUACAAGAACAACACCCUCGCUAAUGCAAGUCGCGACAACGGUAUUCUCGACACUGCCACCAUGCAAUAUGAAUUCAAAUCAGACAAUGGAGAAACUAGCAGCAUUCAUCAAAACAUAAGCUUCGACGGUGAUUCACUUGGUAGAAAUGCAUCUGAGGGCAAUCACAGAAAGUGCCAUCCCGGUCCCCUUCGUAUUCGAGUGGAAUUCUGGGGCAGGGGAGUGGUCAUUCCGAUAAUUUGCAUCAUUGGAAUUAUAUGUAGUAUUACAAACCUGACAGUGCUCACACGUCCUAAGAUGAUUAACCCCACAAAUAUCUUUCUAAUAGGACUGGAUGUUUCCGACUUGGGAGCGCUUAUUACCCUGGCGCUUUAUUACAUUUACUUUUACAGUUCGGGCCGAUGGCUCCUUAUUGAGACAGGAUCUCUUGAAUGGCUACAUACAGUACCUUUUCUCCCCUGGAGGUUCUUCUUCGGGAUUUACCAAAUCCCAACCAACAUUUUCGUCACUGCGUCCAAUACAUCGGCGCUGAGUGUUAGUAUCUUCCGCUAUAUCGCGGUCGGUUUUCCGAUCAAGGCUCAAACAGUCUGUACAAUGAAAACUGCAAAAUGCAUCACAGUCUGUAUAUUCAUUUGGGCGGUUGUUCUCAAUAUUCCCGAAUUUUUCUUGAAACAAAUUGCGGAAGGGACCAUUGCAAAUAAUUUCACUGGAAAAUAUAUGGAUUAUACAAAACUGUUUGAAAACAGGACAUUUCAGAGCACAUACCACCCAUUGAAAGUUUUGCUAAAUAUCCUCAUACCCUGGAUUGCCUGUUUGGUGUUAUCCAUACUGUUGAUAUCAAACUUAAGUAAAAGAAUCAACAAUGCGCAGAAGAGACGCUCAAAGUCGCUCUUGGCAGCAGACAAGUGUAAAGAGAAAGGGAACAGAGAAAGACAGAAAGAUAGAAUAACAGUGACUCUAAUCGCCAUCAACCUCUCGUUCCUGAUUUGCGAAACCCCUGGGGCAGUUUGGUCGAUGUUGUACCUAACAAUUACCGACCCAGAGAUUUUAUUAUGUGAUCAAUUCCAAAUCGCUCGCAUCGUUAUGGACAUAUUAGCAGUAUUUAAUUUUGGUUUGAACUUUUUUAUCUAUUUAUUCACAAACAUGGACUUUAGAAAGACUUUGCAAGAAAUGUACUGUGGCUGGUUUCGAGUGUGCCAGUUUCGAGUGUCGCAGAGUGUUGGCAAAAAUAUGCAAACGACCACGUAUAAAGGAAACAGUCAGUUGGUCGUCUCGAAUGGCCAACAGUCACCAGGUAGCGGAACAACACAGUUAUAAAUAUAAACACUCAUUUGAAAUCACUGCUCAUACGUCAUGCUUUAAAGAAAGUGAAAUGAAUAACAUUGCAGUAUCCCGACCGGUGGUCAUUUCUCAAGCCCGUUCUCCCAAUCUACUCUAACAAGUUUUACAUUUAACACGUAUUUUGGGGUAUUUCUGUACGUCUAGGUAAAGUUUGUGCACCAAAUCAAAUCAAAUGGGUUGCUCAUAAAAAGGUGUAAUAGAAUAUUACAAUCGGAUGGAUUGCAAUCCUAUAAGUUGAAAAUACUGAACUUGUGAAACACAG